CAGAGUCAGUCACAGGCCCACCUCAAAGUUCGUUUGGCCCUGGGCCACUGCACUUUCGCGUCCCCUCCACUAUGUUUGGAUCUAACUGGGGUACCAAUAACAACAAUCAACAGCAACAGCAGCAGAAUCAAACGUCUGCGUUUGGCCAGCCCUCGACAUUCGGAGGUUCCGCUUUUGGCGGAGGAACAUCCAAUGCGUUCGGCCAGCAGCAGCAGCAGCAGCCUCAGGCCAACCCCAUGUUUGGAAAUCUGACGCCAGCGACGAACAACAACAACAACAACGCCGGUGGUGGAUUCAGCGCGUUUGCCGGCGGCAACAAUGCACAGAACAACGCGGGGACGUCUGCCUUUGGUGCCCCCAAACAGGGCUUCGGCGCGUUUGGUGGAGGAGGCACGAGUGCAUUUGGUGGGGGAGGAGGCGCGUUCGGCCAGACCCAAGGAACUGCGUUUGGUGGGGCUACAAACAAUUCAUCUGCGUUCGGAACACCCCAGAGCACGUCUCUCUUCGCGAAUAAAACAGGGACGGGGGUGUUCGGCGCCGCGACAGCUGGCACGGAAAAUGUCGCGCCGGUUACGACAGGGUCCUCCAAUCCUCCCUAUGCCGCGUUCUCAGAGAAGGAUCCGGCUUCUGCGAGUGUGACACUCAACUAUCAAUCCAUUUCAUGUAUGCCCGCGUAUCGAGGAACGUCUUUCGAGGAAAUACGAUUCCAAGACUACGCGCAAGGCCGAAAGACUUCAGGCGGAUUCGGGCAGUCGGCUGCAUUUGGCGGUGUCCAGCAGCCAACGAGCAUAUUUGGUCAAACUCAACAGCAGCAGCAACCAGCACAGCAGACGUCGAUAUUUGGAGGAGCGACCAACGCGCAACCUACGACAGGAUUCGGUGGUGCUUUCGGAGGGAGCAACGCUCCUUCGACGUCUGUGUUUGGUGGCGGGGGAGGCGCGUUUGGUCAGCCUCAGCAGCAGCAGCAGCAGCAAGCGGCUAGCUCCCCCUUCGGCUCGUUUGGUCAGCCCCAGGCUCAGCAGCAGCAGCAGCAGCCUCAAACGACCGGUGUCUUCGGAGGCGGCGGCGGAGUGUUCGGAGGCACCAACAAUGCGGCAAAACCUGCAUUUGGCACGUUUGCGGGCACAGCGUUUGGCAGCAGCAACUCCACUCCGAAUCCUCUGGGCGGCAACGCGCAACCCACCAAUAGUAUCUUCGGAAACAACGCUAACACACAGCCGACUACUGGUUUUGGGUCGUUUGGGAAUAACAACAACACCAACGCGCCGAAGCCUAGCAUAUUUGGUCAACCUGCUGCACCAGCUACGACAAAUACAUUCGGUGGGAGCGGCGGCUUAUUCGGCAGCACCGCAAACAACCAACAGCCUGCGGCACAACCAACAGCUGGCUUUGGCGGGAUUUUCAGUAACCCGGCGCAGCCGGCUACGACGACUGGCUCCACACUCACUCAGUCGAACCCCUCAAUGUUCGGCAGUAUGAACAACAACAACCUGAACGCGUCCAGUGGUAUGCUCACGGCCUCGAUUGCCGAGCCAAUAUCUGCGGAUCUGUUUGCUAUGCUGCCGACUGGACCGGGACCGUACGCGUUGGAGCUUCCACCGAAAAAGCGAAUGCCGAUGUUCAUCGCACCUCCUCCGCCAUCUCUGGAGCAGCUGCGCAGCCGGACACCCGCGAGCUCGAAGCUGCGCGGAUUCGGCGCGUCCAGGAGUUCGGCGAUCCGGCCUACGCUCGCAAAUCCCUUCAACUUCACCACCAGUGCUGUCCCAGGAGCCCUCUCGCUGAGCCGCACGUUGCAAUCCCCCGAUGCGCUGGGGCGGAGUGCGAGCCCGGCGCUGGGCAGCGGGUCGCGCAGCGGUGUGAAGAAGCUGAUUCUGGACAAGAAGGUCGACGCGAACGAACUGACGGCUGGGUCGCCCGGCCGAGGCAAGAUCGUGUUUAGUCCCGCGCUGGGGAUCGCGAUGCGCGAGAAGGAGACUGCGCGGACGCAGGCGCACUCGCCGGGCCAAGACUCGCCGACGCCCGCUGCCCGAACGACUGCCGGCGGUGGCACUCGGUUCACGGCAGCAGCGCCGCCGCCCGCCGCUGAGGAUGGUGACCGGUACGACGAGAUUGAGCCGCUGGAGGGCGAGUACUGGUCCCGGCCGGAUAUGUCGGUCCUGCGGCUGGCCAGCCACGGGGAGCUGACGUCGUACAAAGGCCUGACGGUCGGCCGCGCGGGUUACGGCGAGGUGACGUUCCUCAAGCCGGUUGAUCUGACCGGGAUCAAGAAGCUGGACGAGCUGUUUGGGCUGGUCAUCCAAUUCGACGACAAGGAGUGUGCCGUCUAUCCCGAUAUCCCAGAGGUGGAGAAGCCGCCUGUCGGCUCCGGGCUCAAUGUGCCUGCCAGAAUACGACUGCUGAACUGCUGGGCUGUAGAUAAAGCCACCCGGGAGCCGAUCAAGGAUCCAUCGCAUCCCGCUGCCAUCCGAACCCUCAAGCGACUAAAACACAUGAAAGCCACGCACUUUGAGAACUUCGAUUACGAGACGGGCGAGUGGACGUUCACGGUGGAAUGGUUCUGA